UUAAAAAUGGCUAUAUAUCUGGUGCUUAAGGAAACCUAUCUCUAUCUGGCAACAUUGGAUUCAACUGGCAGCAGCAGUGCACCAAUGUGACAAACGUGAGUUGUGGGGAUUCACAAGCUUGCUAAUAUUGUCUCCCUCCCACCCAAUCAUCACAAACCCAGAACAUUGUCUAGCCUCUGAUGUGUCAUUGCAGUCUGUGGUGCCACUAAACUUGAAAUCAAAGUCUCUGUAUGUCCAUCAUUUCAGAGAGUCAUGGGUCUCGGCUGUUCGAUACAGGAUGUCAAAUGAAACACCUUUCAGCCAUCUAGCAUCCACACUUAUUUCAUUUGGCUACCAGUUUUGGCAAUUUACUACACCAUCUUCAGGCUCCUGAGUGAUGUGUUGGAAGAUUCCACCUCAACCAUUGGUUGAAGUGAGUGCUAUAGCAAGCAGAAAUCUACUAAUAUCAGUAUUGAUGGCCCCUGUUUUGCCCAUAACUGAGCUAGAAUCUUGCUACACAUCAGUCAGGUGCCUGAAGACAAUGCAGUAAAUCGCCAAAACCGGUAGCCAAAUAAGAUACCUUUGGAAACUACAUGGCUGAAAGGUGUUUCAUUUGACAUCCUGAAAUGAAAGUGAUUUGUGUUAUCGGUAACAGUACAAUAUUUUUAUUACAAGCUAGUUCCAUAACGCAAGGAAAAAAUAAAAGGAGUUCAUAUAAUGUGGGCUAUAAACUGCUGGAAGUAACAUCAAGUGCAGAAGAACGAGGAAACAGAGCAGCUGAGCAGCAAUUUGGCCCUCCACCAACAGGGGGGGGGGGGGGGGGGGAAACCACCAUUUGUGGCUGGCAGGCUAGUACAGAUUAACUGAUGCAAAAGGGCCAAAAAUAGAAGAUGACAUAUUGAAAUGGAUUGAAGGACACCAUCAAAAUAACACUGGAACUAAAACAAAAAUGAUUCAGACACACACUUGUAAGCUAGUGCUACAGUGGAACUUAAUAGACUUCAAGGGAGGAGGUGGUUGGUGCUACAGGUUUAUGAAGCGUCAUGGACUUAGUAUGUGAACCAAAACCAAAAUAUCUCAGAAAAUGCCACAAGUGUAUGAAGAGAAAAUAUUAUCUUUCUAUUACUUUAUUACUAACAUCAAAGAAAACCAGUGUGGAACUAACCCAAACAGCGGAUGUGGAUGAAACUCCACUGACAUUUGUUGUGCUGUUUAAAAGAACUGUUGCCAUGAAAGGUGCUAAAAAUGUAACUAUAAAAACAAGUGGACAUGAAAAAAAUGCACUACACUGCUACUGUAAAAUGGGAUGAACAGAAACAGCAGGGUGAAUAGAAGCAAAACUAUACAAUUACUGUGAAUACUAUAACGUUGUACUGGACAUUAAUUUUAACUAUUAUUGUUUUUGGGUUGGCAACAUUUCAGGCUAACAAGGAAAUUAUGUUUUGUAGGGUUGGCAGCAUUGUAGUUUGAUGUUUAUCCUUGUGUCUGUGUCAAUAGUUUUUAAGCUGUUUUCUUACCAAUUUUGAACUUCUCUGAGUUGCUGUUCAAAUAUGCCACAGAAAUACAAACUCACCAUAGGCGAUGGUUACAAAAAACACAGAUGUAAUCGUAUAAACAAUGCUCUCUCUGACAUCAAAUUGGGGGUUAGCUUCCGGAAAGCAGCUGAAAAACAUGGGAUUCAUUUUAGUGUACUAUACAGACACCUAAAAAGAGCGCCAACAUUGAACCUCAGGGUGGACAAACUGCCUUGUCUUUUAAAGAAGAGAAGCUGUUUGUAGACAGAUGAAAAUAUCCAACGAAUGGGGCUAUCCUAUUGACUUUACAACCUUAAGACUUCUAGUAAAGGAUUCUCUGGACAGAAGGGGGAAGGAAGUGAGAAGGUUUAUGAACAGUUUCCCUGGUUGUGAUUUUGUGGAUCGUUUACGUGGCAACGCAAAGAUCAAUUAGCAAUGCGAAUGUGCCAAAACAUAAAACGCUCCAGAGCUGGUGUUACACCAGAAGCUAUUAACAGUAACUUUGAUGAGCUGUCCAAGGAAUUGGAGAAUAUGCUGCCAAAUAAUAUAAUAAAUUAUGAUGAUACAAACCUUACAGAUGAUCCAGGAAAAUGAAAGGUAGUCACAUGUAGGGGAACUAAAUAUCCCGAAAGGGUCAUGAACUCCUCAAAGGCAUCAAUCUCAGUAAUAUUUGCAGCUGCUUCAGUUGGCACUAUACUACCCCCUUAUGAUAAAAUGUUUGAUAUGCUCCGCUUCGAUUAUUGGGUCCUUACAGUUGCUGUCCCAUACCUGAAAAAGCUGGAAGGUAAGAAAUUUCUCAUUGGAGACAAUUUAUCUUUGCAUCUGUCCAUAGAAUCAGUUACGCUGUGUCACGACAAUGACAUAAGAUUUAUAUUCCUACCAGCAAAAUUCAACACACCUGACACAACCACUGGAUGUGGCAUUUUUUUGGCUUCUUAAAACUACUUAGCGCCAAUGGAAGAAGGGCCCAGGAAGAAAUGAGGCAACAGUUCCUAAGGAUAAAUUUCCUCUACUUGUGAAAAAGUUGUGUGACUCCUCGAAGGAAAAAAAUGUUAUUGCAGGUUUUAGGAAAUGUGGGAUUGUGCCUCUAGACUGCAAUGAAGUAUUGUCAAAUGCUCCCAGGUACUGGUACCGAUAUACCAGUAAACGAAAACCAGGAUAAGAACAAUCUUGAAGAAUCCACUAAUAUUGUUGACAACAGUUUUAAAGAACUUUUCCAGAGUCUUAGACAAGACCAGACUCCUAAACAAAGGAGAAAAAGGACAAAAGUUAAUGCCCAACCUGGCCGAAGUAUUAGUGAUGAUGACUUUGAGGACAUGGAUGGGGAGGAUGUAACCCCCAGUUAUUCACUUUACAGUGAUCCAAGCCCUUGUACGUCUAAACAAGGCAAGACAAAAAAAAAUACUGGUAUCUCCAUAAGCCAAGGUGACUAUAUGGUGGUCAAAGUAUAUGAUAAAACAUCAUCUUUUUGAUGUUAUGUUUGCAAAGUUAAUUACCUUAUUGACAAUGGUUUUGUGGGAACAUUUUUAAAAAGUGUUCCUCAAACCAAAAAGUUCACAAUGACUGAAGAAGAAUCUUUUGUCUCAAGAAACAAUGUCAUCCUAAAAUUGUCAUUGCUGGUUCUCAGUUAAAGUGCUUGUUUCAAAGACAUGCUAUGUUUUGAGGAUGAUCUGACCGAUUUAACAAUUUAUUAAUAAUACAGUACCAGGCGCGUGGUAAACAGCUGUGUUCUGUUUGUUCACCUUAAGUUUGAAUAGAUUAGC